AUUUUGUUUUCUGUGUACAUCACCGUGUCUUCUCAUCACCUUGUCUUCUCAUUCCACGUAUCCUCCCCCUCUCCCUCAGCCUGCCCCUCCCUCCUCCCUCCUCCCUCCUCAGCCUGUCCCCUCUCACAGUCCUGUGUCUCCGCUGACCCCCAGGAGGCUCAGCUGGACAGCCCCACCGUCCACCUCUCCAUACCAGGGUCUGGUCCCCCAUUGCCCCAGCCAACUCAACAACGUCCUGUACCUUUUCUGGUCUAGGACUAGUCCAGGGCCACAUGUAAAUUGUUGUUUCUCUGCAUGUUCUUUGGGUAUGUGAGUUCCUGUCUUUUGAGUUCUGUUUGAGGCUUUUGGGAAGCCCAGGCCAGUUAUGUAGGACCUUUAUUGAUUUGGGUCUGUCCUCGAGAGUGGAUCCAGAGUUUGCGUAUUGGAAGGAAUCAUAGAAGACAACAGAUUAGUUAAAAAUGAUCCUUGGUCCAUGUUUUUUCCUUCUAAAGGCACUAUUUCCUCCCUUUAUAAUGAAUAUGUAAUUACUGGGUGACUCCCAGAGCCCCUCUAUAUCCUCAGACACCUUAGAUAAGCAUGUGGGGAGAGGGGGAAGUAGGGCAGGGCAGGCCUGGAGAUAGAGCUGAGGAGUUAGGAGUCAAGCUUCAGCUCUCCUUAGCCUGGUGUGAAAGGGAUUUGCGCACAGGAGGCUCACAGCACUUGGGGACCUCUCAGUUCACCUGCCCACCCGCUCCCUGCCCCCUCAAGGCUUCCUCUGUAUCCCAGGAUUUGUCUGUGGAGGGAGCCUAAGCUCCAGGAAAUUUCCAUCCCCAUUUGAGGCAAAUCUUGGAUGGCCCCAAAAUGUGUGUGUGAUGGGGCUUAGAAGGGAAUGACCGACUGACUGCCUGGUGAUUGAGCCAGGAGGAAUUUGGGCAAUGGGGAAUUGCCUUACUCAAGGACACUGGGGACAGGAAGUUCUGGGGGUCCCUCUGCCCAGCAAGAACAUCCUUGCAGCAGCAUGACCAGGUUGUGAAGCUCUGAUGAAGGAAGGUCUGGAUUCUGGCUGAGAUCUAAGAGCAUCCCGCUGUCCCUGCUGUCUCCCUUGCAGCUGCAGUUACGUGAAUUCACCCUCCAUCACACGUGCUCUGUCCCUGGGUAGCCCUAUUUCCCAGUGCAGGUUUGGAAAGAUGUUGCCUUUGGAGAAAGCCUUUGCCACCCCCAGGAGCUCCCUAACUACCCCAGAACUGCCCAUGCUAGGAUCAAUAGCUGGAGACCAGCAGGAGGAACCCAAGACGGCCCUUGGGAAGGUUCCUACCAACCUUGAGUUCUCCCGGCUGAAUUUCCGGAACUUCAUCUACCAGGAAGCAGUUGGGCCCCACCAGGCCCUGACCCAGCUGUAUGAGCUGUGCCGCCAGUGGCUGCAGCCUGAGGUGCAUUCCAAGGAGGAGAUACUAGAGCUCCUGGUCCUGGAGCAGUUCCUAAGUGUCCUGCCUGACAAAGUACGGCCCUGGGUGGUGGCUCAGCAUCCUGAGAACUGCAAGAAGGCUGCCUCCUUGGUGAAGGACCUUACCAAGGCCCUAGAAGAGCCAGGUGGCCCCAUGAGGGCCAGUGAAGACCUGGAACCCAACGAGACCCAGGCACCUCCUGACACCUCUUGUCCCACCCCAGACCCUGUGCUUCUAGAACAGGGGUGCAUCGGCGACGAGAAGACUAAAGAGGCCAACCCCGCAAAGAUUGAACCGAAGAAGUUGACGUUCCCGGAGGUGCCUCUGUACCUGGGAGAAUGGGGCCACCUGGACCCGGCAGAGGAGAACCUGAAGGCUUUCCGGAAAUUGCUCCUGUGGGGGUAUCAGCUUGCCCAGCCUGACGAUACCUGCAGAGUGGAGACAGAGGAACUUCGGUUGGUUGAAACAGAACCCCCAGAAGGCAGCUUCUCAGGUGGCAGGAGGUGGCAGGAAGGCAGAGAGAACAUGUGUGAGACGCUGAUGGAGAGGCUCACGAGGGAAAUUCUUGUUUGCCCCCUAACGGGUGCUGCCCCGGAGGAAGAAGAGCAGAUGCAGAAGGCUCUGGAUCCUCAGGAGGGGGAACCAGGCCCUGUCACCAUAGCCCACAGGCGGUCAGUAAUCCGAGAGCCAUUCCAGGACAGGGGCACAGCUGGGGAGAGCCUCACUGUGCCUGUAAUGCCAGCCACCUCCCACCAAGGCCUUGGAAGGAAGAGGCCCCACCCGAAGGAUGUGGGUGGGCAGGGCCCUGAGUGUGUCUCCAGUGUGAUCAACCACCGGCAAUACCACAUGAAGGAGCCUAAUGCAGCUGGCCGCAGUGCAGGGUCCCCAGCCAGGCAGGACCAGGAUAUCUCUGCUGCAGGCUCCCCUGCUGCUGAUGAGCCUGGGGCAUCCCGAGGGAAGCCCUACGCAUGUAGCGAGUGUGGGGAAACCUUUGCGUGGAUCUCACAUUUCAUUGAUCAUCUUAGAAGCCACAGUGGCAGGAAGCUGUAUGCGUGCCAGGGCUGCUGGAAGACCUUCCACUUCAGUCUAGCCCUGGCUGAGCACCAGAAGACCCACGAGAAAGAGAAGAUCUAUGCGUUGGGGAGGGCCCUGGGACCCCCCCCUGCUGCAUGUGGACCCCGUGCCAGUGGGAGGCUCAGUGGGUUCCCAGGGUGUGUGGCAGGUGAUGGUCCCGUGCAGUCUGCGGCGCAGAGAUGAGCCGCUUUGCUUUUAAGUGUCCCUAGAGGGCAACUUUGCCUGCCCAGGAUUCACAAGGGUGUAUCAGGCUCCUUUGAAACCCUUGUGUGGCUUCUUGCAGUGUCUGUGUGGAUAUAAGUCUGUCUGUUUUCUAAAUGAGCUAAUGUGGCUAAAGCACUUAGAACCCAGGAAGGGCCCUCGGGAAGCUCUUCUCUCCUUGUAAACACACCCAUGCGGAUGCCCACAUGCAACCAUGAGUUGUCAGGUAUGAAAGAAGAUUCCCCUUUCUUCCAUAGCCAUUUUAGCACCACCCACACUUCAGAACAUUUGUCGUUGUGCAAAGUGUAGAGUUGCCUUAAAGUGUGUGAUCUGCCAGCUCUUGAAGUUAGCCUUGUUUCUCUCCCUCCUAUUCGAGUCCCCAGGGCUUCUGUCCAAACUGUUUGGUCCUUUCAUAAACACCCAAUGUCAAGUUCACUUCUGAAUCCUUAAUAGCAAACUGUUCCCUGGUUAAUGCACGUGUCUACAUAUGUGGAGUGGCUAAACAAAGAUCACAAAAAUGCUUGGAGCCUACUAACAGUGUUUUCAAACCAUGUGUUUCAGCCCAUUAGUGAAUUGUGAAAUCAAAUUGAUGGCCACCGGCAUUACAAAACUGAAGUAGAAUUAAAUAGGUAAAAAUUCAUCACGUAGUAAAGGCAAAUAUUGUUUUGUGAAACUUUUCAGCCAUAUAUCUACCUGGUUACAAUGUAAGAUGUAUUUCUCACUCAGAGGCUGGAGGGUCAUGAUCAGACCAGGCUGAAAACACCAGUAAAGUUUGAUGAGAUGUGUCUGCCUGGGCAAGCAGAACUUUACUCCUUGGGCUACAUAAGGUGAUCUUGAUUUUUGCAUCUAAUCUCGGAUUACAGCAUAGUUUCUGUUGCCUAAGCAUAAACUUUUAACUGCUUCUUGUAGAUUAAACUGGUGCCUCUUUCUGUCAUGGUGUUUGAGCAGGCAGUCUGUUACAAUGAUGCCCAAAUCACAGAAGUUUAACAUAAUAAAGGAUUUAUUUCUUGCAUUCACA